UAUCCUCAGUUAAUGCUAAUUAAACUGAAACAACAGGGGUAAAACUGUGUGGCACUGUUUUACCCUCGGAAACUUUUAGAAACUUCAAUAAUCGGCAGUUUAAUACAGAAAAAGACGCAUUUACGCCAUUUUACGACAGUCUUGAUUGGUGUACGACAGAAGCCGUGUUUGGACGAUAGACUCAACGUGGAGUUGUUUACUAUUUCUGACAGCCCUCUCGGAUGAAUAAAGUGAUAACGUUAAUUCCUCAAACCAGCACCCACCUGUUGGAAAUUAGACUGUGUGCCUAAAAGAAGAAAUGGGGAAACCAAAGAAAAAGAGUGAUCUCAGCCGAGCUGAGCUGAUGAUGAUGACUAUUGCUGAUGUCAUCAAGCAGCUGGUUGAAGCCCAUGAAGACGGCAAAGACAUCAAUCUCAACAAAGUAAAGACGAAGACUUCAGCUAAAUAUGGACUCGAAGCCCAGCCUCGAUUGGUAGACAUCAUCGCUGCUGUUCCACCACAAUACCGUCGCGCUCUGGUGCCCAAACUCAAGGCCAAACCCAUCCGCACUGCCAGUGGGAUCGCAGUUGUGGCUGUGAUGUGCAAACCACAUCGGUGUCCACACAUCAGCUUUACAGGCAACAUCUGUGUCUACUGUCCUGGUGGACCAGACUCAGACUUUGAAUACUCCACGCAGUCUUACACCGGCUAUGAGCCAACGUCCAUGAGAGCAAUCCGAGCACGUUAUGACCCCUACCUUCAGACAAGACAUCGGGUGGAGCAACUGAAGCAGCUGGGUCACAGCGUGGACAAGGUGGAGUUCAUCGUGAUGGGCGGCACCUUCAUGGCUCUCCCCGAGGAGUACAGAGACUACUUCAUCAGGAAUCUGCACGACGCCUUGUCAGGACACACCUCCAACAAUGUAGCCGAGGCCGUCAGGUACUCUGAGCGCAGUAACACCAAGUGUGUAGGAAUCACCAUCGAGACGCGGCCUGACUACUGCCUGAAGCGACACCUCAGUGACAUGUUGGGCUAUGGCUGCACCCGGCUGGAGAUAGGAGUCCAGAGUGUGUAUGAAGACGUGGCCCGCGACACCAACAGAGGCCACACGGUGCGAGCUGUAUGCGAGUCUUUCCACCUUUCAAAGGACGCCGGCUUCAAAGUAGUCGCCCACAUGAUGCCAGAUCUGCCUAACGUGGGCAUGGAGAGGGAUGUGGAGCAGUUUAUUGAGUUUUUUGAGAAUCCAGCAUUCAGGCCCGAUGGUUUGAAGCUGUACCCGACGCUGGUGAUCCGAGGUACGGGUCUGUAUGAGCUGUGGAAGACGGGCCGAUACAAGAGCUACACACCCAGUGCCCUGGUGGACCUGGUGGCCCGAAUCCUGGCGCUCGUGCCGCCCUGGACACGAGUGUACCGGGUGCAGAGGGACAUCCCCAUGCCGCUGGUGAGCUCCGGAGUGGAGCACGGCAACCUGAGAGAGUUGGCACUGGCCAGGAUGAAGGACAUGGGCACUGAGUGUCGAGACGUGAGAACCCGAGAAGUGGGCAUUCAGGAGAUCCACCACAAAGUCAGACCUUACCAGGUGGAGCUGGUGCGGAGGGACUACGUGGCUAAUGGCGGCUGGGAGACCUUCCUCUCCUACGAGGAUCCGGAGCAGGACAUCCUGAUUGGCCUGCUGCGUCUGCGUCGCUGCUCCCCACAGUCCUUCCGUCCGGAGCUGAAAGGAGGCGUGUCCAUCGUCCGCGAGCUGCACGUUUACGGCAGCGUAGUCCCCGUCAGCAGCCGAGACCCCAGCAAGUUCCAGCAUCAGGGUUUUGGUAUGAUGCUGAUGGAGGAGGCAGAGAGAAUUGCCAGAGAUGAACAUGGCUCUAGCAAAUUGGCUGUUAUCUCAGGUGUAGGAACAAGGAACUACUACAGAAAGAUGGGCUAUGAGUUGGAGGGACCGUAUAUGGUAAAGGACCUGUAUGGACCUGGAAUGGAUUGAACCUGGACAAUGUUUUCAUCUGAUCAGUGGAUACAGACGCACAUACACAUAAAAAUAAUUUUAUUUAUCAAGACAAUAUUCUCGGGACAUGGUAGCUGCAGUAUGUUUAGCGAAACUUGUUCUGUUUUCUUAGCAUCAGAGGAGAUAAUGGUUGGCACUUUUUCCCAGGCAGUGCUUUUUAUCUGGUGCACACCAGGCAAAGCUGUUGCAUCUCCUCCACUUUAUUUAGAUAAGGAGACGGUGUGAGAGGGUGUAAGGAAGCUCUCAAGUUUGGGAUUUGGGAUGAAGCCAGAGCAUCUUGUGGAGAAGGUCUUGAGUUCACUUUGAGAUGCAAACAUUCUUUACUGCUACAAUAAAAGAAUGUUGUUGUUUUUUAAAAAAGGUAAAAUUUUAGUCUGCUCCCCUAAAUAAUUUGUGUGUGUUCGUCUAGGAUGAGAAACCUGUUUAGCAUCAUGGUUUGAGUUAAUCAUGUUUAUGUUGCAAUUAAAUAGAAAACCCAUUAUGAGUCAAGCGUUCAUUAAUGGUUGGCAGUGGAUGAAUGAACAGUGGGAAGUGUCCUCGCUGGGCAGCCGUUGUGUAAUUGCACAAUUUUGAUUUAUAUGGCAGGAAAUUGAAUAUUAGUGUUACAUAAAUUGCUUUUUAAAGCCCUACAGUUAAUCCUAUUUCUUGUUUUUCUGUCAUGCAUUCUUGGGCUUCAUGUAUUCUAGUAAAUUCCAGAUGUUGAACACAUCACUUGACCAUUUUUUCUCAAGGAAUAAAGUAUAUUUCCGUCA